ACCAUUUCGAGCAGUUGUCAUAAGAAACGUUUGUUGUUAUUGCUCAAAAGUACUACGUCUAAGGUAGCGUCGUCAGAGUGGAGAAAUGUUUGGGUCUAUCUGGCAGUACGUCUACACGUCGUUCCUGAGGUUCUGGCUGAAGUGGCUCAUCCGACAGGUGACGGGAACGUGUGAGUUGCAGAGACUUUUCUCCAAAUACACGCCGGGAGCAUCGAGGACAACAAGAACGGAAAACUCUCUCCAGGCGUCUAAGAACCAGGUUUUAAGAAACGCCUUAAAAACCAGCAGUGACCACAUAGAGCAAUGUGUGGAGCACAUUAUGAAGGAGAAGGACAUAAACCCCCAGAAAGACUCUCUAUUCAGAGGGAACCUGCACAUCUGUCUGCUGCAGAUCGUAGGAUACAGCAGCUUGUACACAUCUGUAGAAGACUUGAGAAAAGAAGUGUUCAGCUCAGAGAACCCUGAACAUGAGGCCAUGCUUUUAAAGCUGUGGGACACGUUGAUGCCAACAGUCAAGCUCGAGUCCAGAAUAACGAAGCAGUGGGGCGACAUUGGAUUCCAAGGAGAUGACCCAAAAACUGACUUCAGAGGAAUGGGGCUGCUGGGGCUGAUCAACCUCGUGUUUUUUAGUGAAAACUACACCGCAGAAGCUCGUCAGGUGUUGUCACAUGCAAAUCAUCCCAAACUUGGCUACUCGUACGCUAUAGUUGGGAUCAACGUGACAGAGAUGGCCUACAGCUUGCUGAAGAGUGGAGCUUUGAAACCACAUUUCUACAACACAGUCCACGGCACGCCUGAGCUCGAGCACUUCCAUCAGCUCUACUGUUAUCUUGUGUACGAGUUCGAUCGGUUCUGGGUCGCUGAAGAACCCGAAAGCAUCAUGCAGUUCAAUCAUUACAGAGAGAAAUUCCACGACAAGGUCAAAAGUCGUCUCCAGGACCCCGACGUGGCUCUUUCACUGACUGCAGGUUCUCACUAAGGUCUUUUCUCCAUGCUCACCUCUGAUCUCCUGAUCGGUCUGCGUCCGUGCAGGAGUUGGACGGUUGGGCAGGAGAACGGCUGAUUCACAAACGGAAAGCUUCGUUCAUUAGUGAUGAUGUAGGUUUUCCACACGCAGCACGACUCGUACCUCUGACAUGACCGUUCUCUGGUUCAUGAUGGAGGAGACGUACACAUCCACAGCUUCUAGACACUUUGGAGGAUCAAACUAUCCUGAAGACUACUUCAGCCGUUGUGCUAACUGUAGCGUGCUCUGUCAGUUUUCCUGCCCAGGGAUCGAUCCUGUUUAGAGAUCAUGGAUUCAGUAACUGAACUGAAGCUCUCCUUACAAGUUCUACACGACUUCUUGCCUUCACUCAUUAACAUGUUGUGUUUGUGACUUGAAACCCAAAUGGUUCCCCACACCAGUCUUCAAGAAUUUGUAUGUCCUAUAUC